AUGCCCCUAAAUAAUGAAGUUGCGUCAUCCUCCACUAGUGGUAAAAUGUCAGUGAAAGAGGCCCUAUGUAUUGUGUCGAAAGUGUUCGAAGGGAACAAGAAGGAAUUAAGAGAAUUUAUCGAAAAUGUCGAUGCAGCUUUUGAAUUAGUAAAGCCUGAGGAACACGAAACGUUAUUGAAGUUCGUGAAAGCAAAGAUAACCGGUGAGGCCAGGUCGAGAUUGCAGGUGCGUGAACGCACAGGUACGUGGCAAGAGGUGAAACACGUUUUAGAGGAAAAUUAUGCCAGUAAGCGUACUAUAGACUACUACGCAUGUAAAAUUUUCCAAGCCAGACAGGGACAAGGGGAACCGAUAGCAAUGUGGGCAAGCAGAAUUGAUGAAAUGCAGAGAGACUUUCGCGAAGCGGUAAACAGAGUUACGGCCAGAGAAAACUUGAAAGGUGCAAUAGAACUAGUUGACUCCUUAGGAAGAGCGUGUUUUAUUCAGGGUUUAAGUAAUGACAGAAUACAAACCAUAGUGAGAAGUAGAGGCGAUGAAAUCACGUUGGCAGCAGCAGUGGAGUUGGCACUGCAGGAGGAGAGUGCGAUAUUGUCCAUGAGAGAGCGGGGACUAGCCCCGAGGGUAACGUACACUAGAAAUAAGGAAGCUGUAAAAAACGUGAGAGAAAGUAAAGAGUUAAAAUGUUUCAAUUGUGGGCUGAGAGGUCACAUAGCGAGCAAGUGUAGGAAAAGCAGGCCAGAGCAUAGAGUACGAGCCAUGACAGGUAAAGAAUUUACAAACUUUUGCUAUGGGUGUGACAAGCCGGGACACACAGACAUGGAAUGCAGGGCGCGGUUAAGGAAAGUUCACCCGAUAGAUGUAAGGGAAUUCAGAGGGAAUCAUAGAGAAACCGAUGGAGGGUUACGAGAGUGGAGAUGUCCACAGUGUAAUUUACCAGGGAACUGCGGAGUUCCGUGCACAAGAGUAAAAGAUGUUGCAUGCUUUAAGUGUAAGCGGCAGGGCCACUGCGCGAAAGACUGCCACGAAGGGCCCUGGCACGCCUGGAGAAAAGGCAGGGUGCCAGUAUCGAGCAAAACAGGAAAGGUAGUACAGGGAAACUAA